GCGAAGACAGAGGGAGGAACAAACUCAGAGCGGGGGACUAGUGUUUUUAAAAAUAUAGUCUUUAUCUUAUGAAAUUUGACUGCUAAACUGUGGUGAUUAUUAACCCUUUACCAUCGAUCGAAGGUAAAUGAGGAUGCCGGCUACAAGGUUUCAAACUGGAGAGACUGUAAUGGGCCGCUGGCCUGGCAGUAACCUCUAUUAUGAGGUCAAGGUGCUAAAUUAUGACAGCAAGAGUCGACUCUACACCGUCAUCUACAAAGAUGGUACUGAGCUGGAGCUGAAGGAGUCUGACAUUACGAGUAUGACGAUGUUUAAACAAGGCAGUACACGCUCUCGGUCCAGAUCUCGUUCCCGGUCACCGGCACGCACUCGUCGCAGCUCUCGUUCUCCAGCCAGGACGUCCCGCCGAUCUUCCUCUCGCACCGCAGAGUUGCAGAGAGAAAAACUCAAAGAAGUUCUGGAGGUCCGACUCACACCUGUGGCAAUUCCACACGAAAACAAUAGCAACAGUAAACAUGAGAAGAAAGAGGAAAAUGAGAAGAAAGAGGAAAAUAAUACAGCUACAAAAGUCAUUGAGCUGCAGAAGACGGAGACUGAAUCUGAGAACCAAACAGGUGGACGCUACAAUCUGCGGCGCAGGAAGGACCAGGGCGACGGCAAACCUGUAGAAGAGGAGACGAAGGAGGAGACAUUGGUGCAGGCUAAACCGCCAGCUGCCGUCAAAACAACUGAUCUGGAGUUUGGAGGAAGAGUUGGUGUGUUCUUCUUGAUGUUACUUCUGCCUGUGGCUGUGUUAGCUCUGCUCAUUCUCAGUGGGCAGAAGGAUGCCAGUCUUCAGGACUUCCCUCUUCAAAUCCCUCCACUUCAGUCUCUCUGGGACUGGCAGGUCUUUGGCAUCGUCCUGCUCUGGCUUCUCUUCCAGGCCGUCCUCGCCCUGCUCCCUGUCGGAAAGGUCGUUGAGGGAAUGCCUCUCAAAAACGGGGAAACAUUGAAAUACAGGAUUAAUGGUUUCUAUGCACUGGUCCUCACGGCUGUGGUAGUGGGUGUUGCUGUUUACCAGGAAGUGGAUCUCAGCUACAUCCAUGCUCACUUCCUGCAGUUCUACACCUCUGCCUUGGUCAUCGUCACUCUUCUCAGCAUUUACCUGUUCAUCUGCUCGUGCUGGGCCUCCGAAAGUAACCUCGCUCCUGGAGGAAACUCUGGUUAUAUCAUCUAUGACUUCUUCAUGGGCAGAGAGCUGAAUCCUCGUAUCAAAAGCUUUGAUAUCAAAUUCUUCUGUGAAAUGCGCCCAGGUCUGAUUGGUUGGGUAUUGAUUAACUUUGCUAUGUUGCUCGCUGAGAUGAAGCACCAGAAUCUAGAAAAUCCAUCUCCAGCUAUGCUUCUGGUCAAUGGUUUCCAGCUUCUUUGGGUUGUUGAUGGUAUUUGGCAUGAGGAGAAGCUUCUGACUAUGAUGGAUAUAGUGUAUGAUGGCUUUGGAUUUAUGUUGACAUUUGGAGAUCUGGCUUUUGUUCCCUUCACAUUCACCUGUCAGGCUUACUAUCUAGUCAGUCAUCCCAAUGACCUUUCUGUGUUCUGGAUCGCCACACUCAUCGCCAUGAAUGGAGUUGGAUACUACAUCUUCCGGAAAGCCAACUCUCAGAAAUUCGUCUUUAGAAAAAAUCCGUCUCACCCAGCAGUGUUGCACUUGAAGGCUAUUCCUACUGCAACUGGAAAGAGUCUUAUAGUGUCUGGUCUUUGGGGAUUUGUCCGUCAUCCUAAUUACCUUGGUGAUAUCAUUAUGGGUUUAGCCUGGUCUCUACCAUGCGGUUUCAACCAUGUGAUUCCUUACUUUUAUCUUAUUUACUUGAUCACUCUUCUGGUGCAUCGUAAUGCACGAGACGAGCGUCAGUGCAGGAAAAAGUACGGUUCUGCAUGGGAAGAGUACUGCAAAGCUGUCCCGUACCGCAUUUUUCCAGGGAUUUACUAACCACUUAUGGACUCAACCUGUUCUGGACACCCGGGGUAAAACAAAUCCUCAGGAGGACACUGAACAUUAGACAGAGUCGUUCACUGCUAGCAGCUUGCCAUUUUGUUUUUGAAACAAUUAAUUUUUAAAGCAAUUUUUAAAUCUGAAUUUUGCCUUGUCACAAAACGUUUACGGAUUGUGGACACUGCCCCGGUUCCAGAGUUUGACCUCCAUUUUAAGAUGUAUAUUGUUGUACAGAUGUGUUUUUCUACUCGACAGAUUGUUUUGCCUUAUUCAUAACUUCAGAACAUAACUUGCCAUCUCAUCUUAUAUACACAUUUGAAGAAUCUGAUUGGCUGUUUACCGCUGGCAAUUUGUGUAAUGCUUUUUGAAUUGUGUAUGAUGGGAUUUUAUUUUUCAUUGUGUAUGUAUAGUAAGAAGAGGUGUUAUGUUUUUUUCUCAGGACCUGAGAUUUGUGAAGAAACUAUAUUUUCUUAAUUUCUGUACGUAUUUAAAACAAAAUCUUAGGUUUGAUUUGCAUUUUAGGCAUUAUGCACUGUGCUAAAUCCAAAGUUCACAAAUUUGGCUUGGCUACCUCAGAUUUCUCCAGCUCAAGACAAUGUAAAAAUGAAGCAUUUGGGUCAGUUUUUGAAAGCGGUGGUUUCAUUCACAAAGUGAAGUUUCUCUUAAAAUCUAUCUGAAAACAAGGAUGUGCUGUGAACAAAAAUCUAAAGCUAGACACCUCAAAUUAAAAGGGUAGCAUUUUUAUUAAGGUUGUAAUUUAAAAUGACAAUGCUUGACUGAAUGUGUAAUGUAAGGCUUUUCUUAACUAAUAUUACUAUUAAUUUUACUCCAUAAUUGUAUGGACUUGGGCGGCAUAAUAGUUGCCUUUAUAGAAGAAUGUAGUAAGUGCUUAUGGCUAAGAGGAGCUGUUACCUUAUCACAGUACAAAGGCAUUGUCAAAUGUUAUCUGGUUACAUUUUAGAGUGUUCAGUUUGUUAAAAUAUUAUUUGACAAGCAGUUUAUGUAAAAUGCCAAUAUUACACAUUCAGAAUUAAACCACUGUAGAUGAAAGUCCUGGCACAAAUUAAAUUGUACAGACUGCAAAUUAUUUUAUAUAGGUUUUGAUAUUUUAUAGACAUGUUUAGCAUGGAUUCUUUCUGUAGUUGUUAGUCUAUUUUGUUUUUAUAUUGCUCUUUUUAAUUAAUGUCAAUAAUUGCACCAUUUCUCGUGGUCAUGUUGCUUGUAACUAGUGAGUGUGUUAUCAAAAAAAGAAUUGAAACAUUUUGUCAAAAAAAAGAAAUGGUUUCAUUUGC